AUGGCAUCCACACUCUCACCACAGGGAUCGAGACGUGCAGCAAGAGAUCCAACAGGAGCGGGAAAAGAGCAGAACAAACGCGUGAAGCGUCGACAUGUGUGUGAGGGGUGUGGGCGACCCUCCUCUGUGUGCUACUGCAGCACUGUCAGUGGACGGGAGCUCAAUCUCUCAGACCCUUCUGUCUCUGCCAUAGUGGAUAGAGUCUUAGUUUUUCUGCAUCCCCUGGAGAGGAAAAGGAAAAACGGAUCUUUGCAGGUGCUGCAGCGCCUUGUCAAGGGCAUAAACAUAUGGCCUCAUCGAAGGCCUGGCUGUUGCCCAUUUGCUUCUGAGCAGCAGCAGCAGCAGCAGCCGCACCGAGCGACUCCUCAGGCAGAAGGGUGUCAGAGUAGUGCUGAGGCAGAGAGGGUUGGUGAGACGCUGCAGCACACUGUGGACAGGACUGUUGCAUCCGCCACGCUCAAGGAGACUCUGGCAGUCUCAUCCGUCGAGGCGGUCUUAGAAAACGGAAAUCGACAAGACCAGAAGCAGCAGGGGCAGCAGCAGCAGGAGCAGCACCAUCAUCUAUGUACUCGCGAUGGCAUCGCCUUGUGCGACACUUCACGGAUGGUGCUCUUGUUCCCCACAGAGUCGUCUCUGCCUCUUGGAACGGGCAGUCUUCCCCUCCGCCUGCCCAUUACGCUGUUGGCUAUUGACGGCACCUGGAAGGAAGCCAACGAGAUGCUUCGCGCUGCACCGUGGCUGCAGCAGCUGCCAGCCGUGCAUCUCCCGCACAGUCAAGUACUCCCCGUAGAACAGGGAGACCCUUUAGAGGGUGUUUCCUCUUUUGCCACAGCCAGUGGCAGGAGUACCUGCAGCACAACGAGAAGUGAGAGCUGCGAGGAAGCACUUCGUGUGUCAGGGGCAUAUGGGCUGAUUCGAACACCCCCAGCACGCGUUGCGGCAAAAGGAGGUGUCUGUACAGCCGAGGCUAUUGCAGAAGCUCUGGCUAUCCUGGGCCGCUGGGGUCGCACCACUGCGCCCUCUCUUCUGCAGAUAGCCGACACAACUAGACAGACCCUACAGCGCAUAGUUGCUCUACAGCAACAAAUGCGAAAACAAACCAAGAACUCCGAAAACACACUGGACAGUGCAAUUGGUGCGAAGGGAGCAGCAACCCCCCGCCGCCCGUCGUCUUGA